AUGUUCCAUCUUAAAACUAAUUUUCAACCUUGUGGCGACCAGCCUCGGGCUAUUAAAAAAAUCGUUGCUGGUAUCAAUCAAGGGCAAAAAGAACAAGUGCUAUUAGGGGCCACCGGCACCGGCAAAACUUUUACCAUGGCAAAUGUUAUCCAACAAACCCAAAAACCUACGCUAAUUUUGGCUCAUAACAAAACCCUUGCCAUGCAAAUUUAUCAAGAAAUGCAAGGAUUUUUUCCCCACAAUAAGGUGGAAUAUUAUGUUUCUUACUUUGAUUAUUACCAACCCGAAGCCUACAAGCCAGCAAGUGAUAUUUAUAUUGGCAAAAAAGUUCAGCGUAAUGCCAGUAUUGCCAAGAUGAGAAUGAAAACCCUAAAUGCUUUAAUUACUGACAAAAAAGUGAUUGUAGUGGCAUCCGUAGCCGCCAUUUAUGGUUGUUUUAAUCCCACUUCUUAUCGAAAAGAGGAGAAAAAAAUUAAUCCCGGCCAUUGUCAAAUAGAAACCGAGAAAAUUACUUUUAUGUUGAGUUGGGAAGAAAAUCAUUAUUUUCAGAUAGAAAUCAGGGAGGGAAAAAUCCAAAAUAUUAAAAAGAGGAAUAAGACCACUGGUGAAAAAAUGGCCGAAUUAGCAGAAAUAUCCAUUCCUCCCAGUCAGGAUUAUGUGGGCGAGGAAGGUGAAGAACUGACCGAAAUUUUGGCAGAAAUUGAGAAAGAAUUGACCACUCAAAAAGAGCAUUUUUACCAAGAAGGAAAAUUUUUACCAGCCGAAAGGUUGGAAAAAAGAGUUCAGGAGGACCUACUUAAUUUGCGAGAAAUGGGAUUUUGCCCCGGCAUUGAAAAUUACGCACGUUAUUUUGACGGCCGAAAAACGGGCGAAACCCCUUUUGUUCUACUGGAUUACUUUCCGGAUGAUUUUUUGACCAUUAUUGAUGAAUCCCACAUUACCAUUCCUCAAAUCAAGGCCAUGUAUAACACGGAUCGGUGUCGCAAAGAAACCUUAGUAAAAUAUGGCUUUCGUUUGCCUUCUGCUUUGGAUAACCGACCCCUCAAUCAAGAGGAAUUUUUUGCCAAAAUUAAUUAUGCUCUUUAUGUUUCGGCCACUCCCGGCAAUUUCGAAUUAGCCAAAGUAAAUUAUCGGCCAGUUGAGCAAAUUAUCCGUCCGACCGGCUUGCUGGACCCCCAGAUAGAAGUAAGAACCACCCGUAACCAAAUUGCCGAUAUCAUAGAAGAAAUUAAAGACAAGAGCCUCCGCGGAGAAAAAGUUCUUAUUUAUGCCUUAACCAUUGCCAUGUCCGAAGAUAUUGCUAAUUACUUACAAGAAAGAGAAAUACGAGUGGUCUAUCUCCACAGUCGUUUAGAAAUAUUUGAAAGAUAUCAAACCAUUACCAGUUUACGACGAGGAGUUUAUGACGUAAUUGUAGGGAUUAACCUCCUCAAAGAAGGAAUAGAUUUGCCGGAAGUCUCGUUGGUCUGUAUUUUGGAUGCCGACAAACCCGGAUUUUUGCGGGAUACUCGCUCGCUGAUUCAAAUAAUUGGUCGGGCUUCCCGUAAUAGUAAUGGCAGAGUGAUUUUAUAUGCUGAUAAAAUUACGGAAAAUAUGCUUGGUGCCAUUGAGGAAACUAAUCGCCGACGGCAAAUCCAAAAGGAAUACAAUAAGCAGAAUGAUAUCAUCCCCCAAACGGUAGAAAAACCGGUUAAAGAUAUUGCUUUGGACCCACUAAUAGCCCUUUUGGUAGAAAAAGCCCAAAAAGGAGAGAUGAAGGAGAGAGAAGUGAUUAAACUAGUCAAAUCUCUUGGAAAAAGCAUGAAGGAGGCCAUUCGAGCUCUUACUCCUAACUCUCUUGCCCAAGCCGCGGCUUUUCGUGAUGCUCUUAUCGACUUAAAAAAAGGAGAUUUUAGUGGCCAUAUUUUAUCAUUAUUAAAUAAGUUUCUGACUCCUAAACUAAAAAAAGCUAGGGAAAAGGUAAACCAAAAAAAUAGUUAUGAAAAAACCGAACUGCAAGGAAAAAUUCGAUCAAAUGAAUCAUUGAAACAAAAAGAAAUUAAAUCCAAAACCGACCCAAAAAAAACCGAUACGAAAGCCUCCGUCUCCUCAGAGCCAAAAAAAAACGCCUCUGGGGAAAAUGAAAACCCAGAAUUAAAAAAACUGACCGCCGAGAUUGACAAUUUAAAAAAAGACAAAUUAGAAUUGGCGGCCGAAUUGAAAAAUGAACGGCAAAAUUGA